UGACUUUUCAAUGUACCAUUCCAAUCUAUUUUUAAUCAUAGUAUUGAGCAGUUUUAAAACACAUGGUAUUAAUGCUAUAGGCCUAUAUGAAGUUUCCAAUUGUUUGUCUUUAUCUUUUUUGAGAAGUGCUAUAAUUUUAAAUUUGUUUCCACUUACUUGGUAGAUCAGUGAUUCCAUUCCAAAUAUUGUUGAAUAUUGUCAGUAUGUAUAGUCGUGCAUUAUUUGGUAGGUGGCGUAACAUACUGUAGGAUAUUUCGUCCAAACCUGACCGGAUGCACUCAGCUGGUCUAGGGUACAAGCGAUCCAGAGAAACUUUACUGGACACACAGCACACCAAUGAGACAGCAGGAAUUGCGGUGGAGACGUAUUUUACACAGAAUAUAAGACAAGUUACAUGUUAGGAGAUAGAUUUACUGUAAUAAGGAAGCCAAACAAAUAUUUAAAAACAGUUUGGAAAUUACAGACUUAUUAAUCUACACACAUGAGAAAUGGUGCAAGUGUUCAAAGCAAUGUUACUGCCAAAAGUUACGGUGAUGGGGGUUAAUAACACAUGUUAACCCACAGGUGUAAAAUGUUCUAUUACUUUGUACAGGUGUGUGUACUAAAACUGGACUUUUGAGAACAAACAACAAGAAUAAGAAUUUUAUUCUGCCAGAAAAUAUUCCACACGAAUACAUUGGCACGUCAAUACAAUGUUACAAUUUUUGUAAUACAACAUUCUAAAAGUCUUGCUUCGUCCACACUAUUGAGAUGUACUCUUCCACUGAAUAGAAUGCUCUUUUACAUAGAAAAUAAUUUAGUUUAGCUUUAAAUUCCAUAUCACUUAGCAUCCUUAUAUCUAAUGGUUACGUACUGUAUAGUCUAAUAGCCAACACACAUAGGUGAGAAACAGUGCUAUUUUUCUAACUACACAUGUAACAUGAUUUUUGUUCCCUGUGUAGACGUAUUUAUUACAAGUGAGGAUAUGUGAAUUUUAAUAACAUGAAAACCCUCUGGCCAGGAAAUUCUGUUCUCUGUGAAGUUAUGUAUGCACUAAAAGUUUGUUUUUAAGAAUAAAAUUAAGUGCACUGUAAGAGGCAUUUUGAUGUCAUUUGAUGGUUUAUGUAUGUGAAGAACCACUUGAUUAUUCUCUGUAAAGCUUUAUAUGUAACCAUUAAAAUAUGUCAACUCAUACAGAUGAAAGCCCUUUUAAAUGUUCCCUGUGCAGCUAUGCAGGCACCCAAAGUGUGUAUUUGAAAAGGCAUAUGUUGACUCACACAGAUGAGAAACCGUUUAAGUGUUCCCUGUGCAGCUUUAAAUGUACUAGAAGUGGAAAUUUACGAAGUCAUAUACUAAAACACAUGGGUGAAAAACCAUUUAAGUGUUCCUUGUGCAGCUAUGCAGGCACUCAACGUUCGUGUUUAAGAAGGCAUAUGUUGACUCACGUAGAUAAUAAACCAUUUAACUGUUCCAUGUGUAGCUAUAAGUGUAUUAGAAGUGAGAAUUUAAAAAAUCAUAUGUUAAAUCACACAGAUGAAAAACCAUUUAAGUGUUCCCUGUGCAGUUACGCAAGCACGCAAAAAAAUAAUUUAAAAACUCAUAUGUUAACCCAUACAGGUGAGAAACCAUUUAAGUGUUCCCUGUGCAGUUAUGCAAGCAGGCUAAAAGAGAAUUUAAAAACUCAUAUGUUAACUCACACAGUUGAGAAACCAUAUAAGUGUUCAUUUUGCAGCUAUGAGUGUUCUACAAGUAUGCGUUUAAGAGGUCAUAUGUUAACUCACACAGGUGAAAAACCAUAUCAGUGUACCGUGUGCAGCUAUAAGUGUAUUAAAAGUGAGAGUUUAAAAAUUCAUAUGUUUAUUCACACAGGUGAAAAACCAUAUCAGUGUACCGUGUGCAGCUAUAAGUGUACUAAAAGUGGGAGUUUAAAAAUUCAUAUGUUAAAUCACAUGGGUGAAAAACCUUAUAAGUGUUCCCUGUGUGAUUAUAAGUGUACUGUAAGUGGUUAUUUAAAAACUCAUAUGUUUAUUCACACAGGUGAAAAACCUUAUAAGUGUUCCCUGUGCACUUUUAAGUGUAAUAGAAUUGAUAAUUUAAAAACUCAUAUGUUUAUUCACACAGGUGAAAAACCUUAUAAGUGUUCCCUGUGCACUUUUAAGUGUACUAGAAGUGGGGGUUUAAAAAGCCAUUAUGUUAAAUCACAUGGAUAAAAAGCAUUACAUAUGAAAAACGUUUCAAAACACGUUUUCUCACAUGUAAGAAACCAUGUGCAGCAUUGCGUAUUCAAUGGGGAUUAAGAAGUUGUAUAGUAAUUCGCACAGGAGAAAAAUACUUUAAUGUUUCCUGUGGUGUUAUGCUUCACCAAAAAUUUCCAUUUAAGAGGCAUGUGUUAACUUACACAAACAGUAACUUCAAAGGUACUUUUAACUUGCACGUAAAAAAAGGUAAUACAACUAAAAUACUCUGUUUCUUUUGGUUAUUUUUGUAGGUUAAUGAAUUUUUAUACUGUUAGUUUGGUUAUAAUAAUAGGCUACAUAAUUUUUAAUAUUUUAUAUCUGGUGUCUAUAUAUGUUUAUUUUCUUACCUUAUGAAUAAAUUUUAGCUCUAUGUUGUAUUGCGUGUCUAAGUUAAUGAUCUCAUCUAAGUACCCUUAUAUUGUAUGAUAAAACACACUUUGUCUCUUGUUAUGAAUGUCUUAUACAAUUAUGAAAUAUGUUUCCCUUUUGUGUUAAUAAAAAUAGAUUAUAUGUAUACUAUCAUAUUAUUAUUCUAUGUUUUAUUGUUAGUUGUGAUAAUUUUAAUAUAUUCCCAUCAAUGUCCAUUUGUUUGUUGUUAAGUCUUAAUAGAUACGUACUUAAAUGAGUAGUUUUAUAUUGGAGUCAAUAUAUUUCAUAGUUUAGUUUAUAACCUAGAUUUGCUUAAAAAUAUAUUUGUAUGGUAUAUUUUA